UACCCAAGCUACCCAAGCUGGCAUCGUCGAAUAAGGAUCGUGGCUUAGAAGGCUAUGGUCCGAACCCCUACACGCCUGGUAUGGCAUACCCCGGUCCUUCGCCCUAUAUGUUUGGAGCACCAAUGCAUCCGAUGGCGCAGACCUAUGCAGGGCCGGCGCCGCAGACACCCUCGCAUUCGUUCGUUGGCUCGUCACCCUUCUACCCUACUUAUGCUCAUACUGCCGGCCCUUCGUACCCUAUGGCCCAGUCACAGCCCCAACUAUCAGCCCCCGUUCCCCCUAUGUACCAGAGCCCCUAUGGCCAGGGAUCGCCUUAUCCAAUGGAAAUGUCACCACAACCGCAACACUACAAUACAGCCCAACAACUGCCGAGUUAUGGUGGGCAGCAGUCUAUGGCCGCUACGCAGUCCAACUUGUCUCCGGG